AUGAUAUCUGGCUGGCUACUGACGCCGGAGUGCAGAUUGGGUUUGCGAAUAUCCAGAAUUGCAUUAGAAGGGCGACGCGAUCGCGGUCACGAACUUCUGGUAUUACUACGCGAGGCAGGGUUUCUCAAUGCCACAGAUCCGAAAGACAAGGUUUACGGUAUGCUGGGCCUCGCAUACCGUGCGCAGCAUGAUCAGCGAAACGUACCAGUUGUGCUGGCCGUAUACUACACCAAGCCGCUUCGCGAAGUAUAUGCCAUUGCGACUGCCGGGGCCUGCUUGCAGAGAGGAGACCUAGUGACGUUGAGGCACAAGAAUGCAAGGCUUAUGGAGUCCCAGAGCUCAGAGGAUGAUAUAUUCCCGUCAUGGGUGCCUCGGUGGGACCGCCGGCCCGAUUACGAAGCUGGUGACACGAAAUUCAUGAAUUGGGUCUACAAGGCAGACACGCUGCGCCCUAUGAAGUGUGAAUACGGCACCGGUUGCGUGUUGCGCUUGGAUGGUAUCGUUGCUGAGUCCAUAACGGCAGUCCACGACGAAGUAUUGGCACAUGCUGCUGACGACUAUGCUAAUUUCUUUGCGCUGGGCAACUCAUUCGCCGAAGCCCAUCUUACGAGCCCAUCGAAGAUGCACGACGUCCUUGCAACCAUGAGCUGCAGGAGACAACCGGGUCACGAAGCGGCCCACGAAGCGGUUCUGCAGCCAGGAUCGCGUAUUCGCGAGGAGCUACUGACUUUCCUGGGCGUCCAAGAGAUGUAUGCCACGGAGAGUGAUGAAGGAGGCAGGAGUAUGAGCGUAGGCUGCUGGGCGGUCGUCCAAGAUUUCUGGAACACUUGCCGCAACCGUCGUCUCUUCGUUACAUCGAGUGGGCACCUUGGCAUAGGCCCUCAGACUUCACGGGAAGGCGACAUCAUCGCCAUUCUGUUUGGCGAACAAGCUCCACACAGUCCUGCUUCGUCUGCUUCCACUCUGUUCCAACGUCUCCCCUUCGUACGCAUGGUCUUGUCAGCGGCUUGUUACAGCUCUUUAACGAGGUUGAACCAUGAUAUGAUAUGCCACCUGGGUCGCAUACCAGAUAAGAAACUCUACUGA